CCAUGCGUGCCUGGUAGAGUGUGGCGGGGCGGAGGGUAGAGCCGCAAUGAACCUGCGUGGCUUGUUCCAGGACUUCAACCCCAGCAAAUUUCUUAUUUAUGCCUGCUUGCUGCUUUUUUCUGUAUUGCUAUCUCUGCGUCUGGAUGAUAAAAUUCAAUGGAGUUACUGGGCUGUAUUUGCUCCAAUAUGGCUUUGGAAGCUAAUGGUGAUUGUCGGUGCCUCGGUUGGAACAGGAGUAUGGGCCCGAAACCCACAGUAUCGAGCAGAAGGAGAAACCUGUGUGGAGUUCAAGGCUAUGUUAAUAGCAGUAGGCAUCCACCUGCUGCUACUGAUGUUUGAAGUUCUGGUGUGUGAUAGGAUCGAACGAGGAACUCACUUCUGGCUUCUGGUCUUCAUGCCUUUAUUCUUUGUAUCUCCAGUGUCAGUUGCAGCUUGUGUGUGGGGAUUCCGACAUGACCGGUCUCUGGAGCUGGAAAUCUUGUGUUCAGUCAAUAUUCUACAGUUCAUAUUUAUUGCACUCAGACUGGACGAGAUCAUCAGAUGGCCUUGGCUUGUUGUUUGUGUUCCACUGUGGAUCUUGAUGUCCUUUCUGUGUCUGGUAGUGCUCUACUAUAUUGUAUGGUCUGUGCUGUUCCUGCGUUCUAUGGAUGUGAUUGCUGAGCAAAGGAGGACACACAUAACGAUGGCUGUCAGCUGGAUGACAAUUGUCGUUCCACUGCUCACGUUUGAGAUCUUACUAGUACACAGACUGGAUGGACACAAUUCUUUUUCUUUUAUACCCAUAUUUGUUCCUCUCUGGCUUUCACUGAUAACUCUAAUGGCAACAACAUUUGGACAAAAAGGAGGAAAUCACUGGUGGUUUGGAAUUCGCAAAGACUUCUGCCAGUUUCUGCUUGAAAUUUUCCCUUUCUUACGAGAAUAUGGAAAUAUUUCUUAUGAUCUUCAUCAUGAAGACAGUGAGGAAACUGAAGAAACACCCCUGCCUGAACCACCAAAAAUUGCACCAGCAAUGUUUCGAAAAAAGACUGGAGUGGUCAUUACACAGAGUCCAGGAAAAUACGUGAUUCCACCACCCAAAUUAAACAUUGAUAUGCCAGAUUGAGGUGACCGUAGCAUAUUAAAAUUGAACUGGGAAUCAGCAGACAAAUGUAUUUCAUCUCAUGCCAUGGCCUGAUUACUUUAAAAUAGGCAUUGCAGAAUCAGUGGCUUGGAUCACACAAACCAGAGAUCUUGAAGAUAAUCAGACAAUUUUUCCAGAUAUGUGGUGGUCUAAUAUGUGAACCUUCCUAAUGGGUUGGUUGCACACUUGACUGUAUAGUAUUUAUAUGAACGUUUUAGUAGUGUAAUAUAUUGUUUACAAGUCUUGUCCUGUACAGUGUAAGUAUUAUCUAAAAGUAUUUUUUUAAAAACCCUGUAUGAAAUGCCUAUGCUAUUCCAGGAGUCUUCUAGGUCCUAAAUAUACACUUGAUUUCCAUGUCUGUUUUAAAUGCCUUGGGAUGCCUUAGUAUAGUACCUCUUUUUCUGUUCAGCCACAAUCAUUGUCCUAAUCACAACAGCACAGAGGUGUUGCACUUCUCAGGCAGGACUGUAAAGCUUUUUGAGAGGGAAACAAUGCAUAGCAACCUAAGUGAUGUUUUUGAGUUAGCUGUGUAAAUUUUCAUCUAAGUAUUUCAACUUUCACCCUGCCUUGGCACUUAAGCAUUGCUUUGCUUGCUUUUCCAGUUUCAAGGUUUAAUUCCUUUUGAGCAGCAUGUACACCGUUCUGCUGUUGUACUGGCUGCUUAAGCUGUUCCCUCUUGCUCUCUGUGUGCAGUCUAUGCCAGAACCAUCAGCUGCAGGUUUGACAGCCUCUUGGUUAGCUGGUUUAAAUAUUCACAGAUUGCAUUGUGUUGGAAGGGACCCUCAAAGGUCAUCUUGUAUAACGUCCCUGCAGUGAGCAGGGACACCUAUUAACUAGAUCAGGCUGUCCAAAUUCAUAGCUUGGUCUUCAUUACCAACUUUGUGUUGGUGGAAAUGAUUAAAUUUGAUUUAAAGACAGGAGCUCAUUGGUGUCUCAAGAGCUUUUUCUCAUUUGAAGAAAGAUCACCUUUGACAGAUUGUCUUGGACUUCAGGUGCUUUAAAGGAACAUAAUCUUUGAAACCUAUACUCAAGUAGCUUAGAACAGGUGUCUGAUACCUCCACAUCCUUGCAGGGGCUCUUUGUGUUUAGGUGAACCCAUAGUUGAGGUUAAGACCAAGAAAGGUCCUUGCAAACUUGGACUAGGCAACUCCGUGCAAAAAAAGAGAGCCUUAUAUUCACUUGAGGAGAGCUCCAGCAGCCAUUGUGUCUGAAUAUGCCUCGGCUUUCUGAAGCAGCUCUGGGAGGUUGUUAAAGAUGUUAGAUUUAUUUUGUGGGGCAACAACAGAAAGUGUGUAGUGAUCCAUGAAGAACUGUUCAAGAGGAAGUACUGCCAAGGAGAGGAUGUCUGAGAACUUUUCAAUGUGAGAGUAUGAAAAACUUUGCACAGCACCUCUUCUGCACAGAUUCAUCAGAAAGCUCUGGGAUUUCCCAAAAUUUGGCUCAUGCAAUGCCUUGCUGUUGGAAGAAACAGCUUGGGAGGUAUGUUGGCUCCUCUACAUGGAAACUGAAAAUAGUCUAGUGGGCCAGAUUUCUGUCCCAGUGAAAUAAGCCUGUACUACACACGAGAUGAGCGUGGCACUAAAUGUUCUGACUGUUGUUUCUUGGCUCAUGCUGAGGAGUUUUUGAGGCUGCAUUUCCUAGCAGAAAUGCUGAUAAAAUACAUGUUAGUGAUUUCUGUUGACUGAACACGUGAAAUUAAAAGGGUCUCCUACUGGGAUGUUUUGCGGGAGAUACUUGCUAUGGAUGUGCUGUACCAGAUGUGCAGUGUUUUUGUAGCCUUCCCUGAAGGCUGAGAAGAUAUGCAUCAGCAUCGUAUGGUUACCUAUGUGUUCAUUUAUUCACAGUAAAGUUGCUGGUGAGUAAUGAUACUUGAGUUUCUAAACCACUUUCAAUGCUUUCAAAAACCCUAUACUUGCCUGCUACCAAGCAGCAAACCCACAAGGCUGGUCACUGCUUAACAGCAGGGCUGUAGCACACCAUCUUACUCAGCCUAUGCUUCAAAUUUGGAACACUUCCUGAGAGCCCUUUUUAGCAUCUUCAUUUGUCUUCCAUGAUUAAAAUUCUCGGUUCUUGUAUUUUUAUGUUUUCCAGUCUCAAAAGUAGUUGCAACUUGCACUGCCUCUGCAUUUCUCAGUUUCACUACUUCUCUGACCCCUACUUAAGAAGAUAUUUGGCACAUCAGCUGAUGAAGUACAAGGCUGUCUUUGGUCUUGCAAAUCAAACUGCAGCAGAAUUUUCACUGAACACAGAUUGCACACAUGUCACCAGAAAAGUGGCUAUUGAGCUGGUAUGGGAAACCACUUCCCAAGAGGAGAGCGGCCUAUUUCCAGAAAGUCCAAGGGAGAACAUAGACACAUCUGCAAUCAGGGAGACUACACCUGGCAAGCAGCAUGCCAAGGCAUCUCCCUGAGUCAGACAUGCCUUGACAUUAGCACAUACUGCUGCUGUGACAAAAACAAGAGCCUGUGGCAGCAGUAGACAGGGAGAAGCUGAGUUCUGACUCACUCUCCUCUGCUGGCCUGGCCUGCAGCACCCUGGGUGGUGCCACUGCUGCUUCACUGGGUCACAUCCCUUUCCACCAAUGCUGGUACCUCCCCUCUCUCCACCUGUACUGGCAGCAGCUGCUGCUCUGUCUAUGCUAAGGCCAGCUUUGGGGCCAAACUUCACAAUGCUACCACUGCCCAGCAGGUACUUGUGAUCCAAAUAGUGGAAUUGCAGGCACUGGCCUUAGACCCCAACCAAGUCACACCAGGUGCAUAGUCCAACAGAGUAGAGCCUCCCAGGUGUGCCAAUAAACUCUGAAUACAAAGCC